AUGAAGCCGGAGAACCUGCUCCUGGCAUCCAAACUGAAAGGUGCUGCAGUGAAGUUGGCUGACUUUGGCCUGGCCAUCGAGGUGGAGGGAGAGCAGCAGGCAUGGUUCGGUUUUGCAGGGACACCAGGAUACCUCUCCCCAGAAGUACUCCGAAAGGACCCCUAUGGAAAACCUGUGGAUCUUUGGGCAUGUGGGGUCAUCCUAUACAUCUUGUUGGUGGGAUAUCCUCCUUUCUGGGAUGAGGACCAGCACCGACUAUACCAGCAGAUCAAAGCUGGAGCCUAUGAUUUCCCAUCCCCGGAAUGGGACACGGUUACCCCAGAAGCAAAGGACCUGAUUAACAAAAUGCUCACCAUCAACCCUUCCAAGCGCAUCACAGCUGCUGAAGCCCUCAAGCACCCCUGGAUCUCUCACCGAUCUACAGUGGCCUCCUGCAUGCACAGACAGGAGACCGUGGACUGCCUGAAGAAAUUCAAUGCCAGGAGGAAACUGAAGGGAGCUAUCCUUACCACCAUGCUGGCCACCAGGAACUUCUCUGGCGGGAAGAGCGGGGGCAACAAGAAGAAUGAUGGUGUGAAGAAAAGAAAGUCCAGUUCCAGUGUUCAGUUAAUGGAAUCCUCCGAGAGUACCAAUACCACCAUUGAAGAUGAAGACACCAAAGUGAGAAAGCAAGAAAUCAUUAAGGUGACAGAACAGCUGAUUGAAGCAAUAAGCAAUGGGGAUUUUGAGUCCUACACGAAGAUGUGUGACCCUGGGAUGACAGCCUUUGAACCUGAGGCUCUGGGAAACCUGGUCGAAGGCCUGGACUUCCAUCGAUUCUACUUUGAAAACCUGUGGUCCAGGAACAGCAAGCCUGUCCAUACUACCAUCCUGAAUCCCCACAUCCACCUGAUGGGUGAUGAGUCAGCCUGCAUUGCCUACAUCCGCAUCACACAGUACGUGGACGCUGGCGGAAUCCCUCGCACUGCCCAGUCAGAGGAGACCCGCAUCUGGCACCGCCGGGAUGGCAAAUGGCAGAUCGUCCACUUUCACAGAUCAGGAGCACCUUCAGUCCUACCACAUUGAAGUUGUGAUCAGGUUGUGCACUCCCUGGCUGCACCACGGAGAUCCAUCUUUCUUCAUCUGUGGCAUGUGGCUGCUGGUUCUACCAUGUGCUGGAAUUCCCACCACCACCAUCAUCAUCAUCAUCACCACCACCAAGUUCCUCACAGAAGCCAAGAAAAUCUCCCAACUGACUCAAGCCAUCGUGCACCAGAGAACAAACGGCCACAGUUAUUUAUUUACUUUCCUUUUUUUCUUUUCUCUCUUCCUGUUGUGCUUUUCAUUUGAUUUUUUGAUUGUGUGCAUGAGCCAGGUCCAGGGGCCCAGACUGGCAUUCCUCUGCCUGGGUCAGCUGCUCCCAACUCUUGGGACAGAGAAUAAUGUGGAGGGACCUCUCCCUACCCCUCUAACCUCUAUUCCUCACCCCAGCUGGGGAAGCUAAUAAUUUCCCAAGUGCUCACUCUUCUCUGCUGGAUAUGCUGCCUAUUUCCUAUAGUCUACCACUCCUUAUAGAGAUGGGUAGAUGGGAAAUCAAGCUAGUUCCAUGGUGAUGCCAGACCUUGUUUGUUAUCUAGCAUAGUGAGCAAAUCUUUGCUUGCCAGCCCUCCUGAUGUCUCAGGCCUACUUUCUCUGUUCCUGCCUCUCUUUUGAGGCAGUUUUAGGAGAAGGGCAGCUGACCUAAUAGAUAAGGUCAUUUAUGGCAAAGAAGGGAAACUGAGGAAUCUGGCUGUGAGCAUGAAUUAGCCAGAUUCUUUGCCUUGGGUAUCAAAAUACAGAUACUGCCUUUAUCACUCCCUUCUGUGUUCUUUCCUUCCCUUAGUGAGUUGCCUUUCUCCUCUCCUACUGUUUUCUUUCUGCCUUUCCCCCCCCUUCUCUGAAAAUGAAAUGUACUUUAUUUGUAUAUUUAUUUUAUUUUUUUGGAAAACAAGCAGUGUUAAUAACACUGGUGCUAGAUCAGGGUAUUUGUCCUUUCCUUUUGAUUUGAUGGGGCCGUUUGCUUCAAAUACUGACUUCAUUGAACCCAUUCUUCCAGCAUAGAUUGAGUUUAGUAACACUUGAGAGAGAAAAGCUGAUCAUCUUUUGGGGGGAAAAAAAGAAAAGCUAAAAGCAACCUUUAGGAAUCUCUUCUACUUUGACCGCAUGCCUUUUGAUAUCCAAACUUCUGUGUAUUUGGGAAAUUGAUUUCAUGUAUUUGCUGAAAUGGGUCUUUAUGUAAUAGCUAAAUAUCUCAUUACUUUGGGGAAGGGUGGGUUAGGGUAGGGUAGUUGUUUCUUUCACUUCUCUCGCUUUCUCUCUUUUUCCCUUAACUUCUGAAGCUAAAUGUGUAACGACUGGGUGUCUGCGGUAUAGGUGAGCGCUACCUCUCAUCCUUGGGGGAGUCUCUCCUUUCUACCCUCUCCUAUGCAUCAGCCCCCUUGGGUUCCCUUCUGUUCUGCUGAGAUAGUUGGAGUUGGGAGAAGUGUUGCAUGCUGAUGUGAAUACUGAAACAGCUGGCUACAUCUGACCACAAUUGGCCAUGAAGGAUGUCAGAAAUGACAAGGGAGAACUUGGCCAAAUGGAGAAAUGUCUCUGGCUCCCCACCAGAAGUUUUCCCUGGACCUUUAUGAAGAGCCAAGCCAUCUAUGUGGCUCAGUGGACCCUUCUUGACCUCACCUUUAACAGGGCAUUCCAGCAGUGGAUGGGAGAGGUCAGAGAGACCCUACAUGGCUUGAUGCUAUGUGGCCUUUUCCCCAUGGGGUCUGACGGUAUUUCCAGUGUUUAUUUCACCCUUCAGUUUCCUGCUUUUUCUUGCUCUUACGCUCCCUUGGUUUUUUUCCCUUUCCCCCUGGAUUGACUGACGUAAGAUGUCCUGGCCCUUCCAGCAGGGCUGUGUCUGCACUGUGUUCCUUGCAUGACCUUACACUGUAUAAUGCAGUAAAUUUAUUGACAAAACCAAUCAUGUGUUUUGGACAAGAAAAAAAAGAAAAAAGAAAAAAAGAAAAAAAAGAUUGUAUUCUCCAUGUUCCAUUUGGAAUUGUGUUGCUGCCUUUCUUGUGUCUCACGGACUUUGUGUGGCCAUGUUUUGCCAGAGCAAGAUCAUUUCUCCUGAGUAUCUUAGGAGAGGAAGGCCCCCCCUUAAUGAGGGGUCAAAGAUUGAGCUCUGGGAGAUGGCUCCCAUCCAGCCCACUGACCUCCACAUGAGUCCUGUGUGUGGAGUGAGGGUAGACAUAGGACUAUUGAACGAUUUCUAAUCUGGGCAUUUUCUGAGUCUUCCUUGCUUGACUUCCAUGUGAGUGAGAUAUGCUGAAUGACAGACAGCCCUCAAUUCCCCGGUCCUUCCCCAGCACCUUUGGGUUCAUUGGGUCCUUUUGUGUCACCAAGGACGGGGAAGUGGAACGAGGUACCAGUCCUAGUGGGGAAGUUAUAGCUGGAGGAAGGGGUAACUAGAGCUCCUGGGGAUAUGAAGUGGGUCACUGAAAACAGAGGAAAGAAGGACUAAACAAGAGUUAUUCCCCAAAUUCCUGGGCCAGUACAUUUUUAAGUCAUGGUCCUUUUUUGCUCUAUGGGUCUCUUUGGUAAGGCACUGAGGUAGGGGGCAGAUAGGAAGUAUAUACAUGCACUAGUCAGUCAGGGUCUAGCCAACCUUUGGUCCCACUGGCUAUGGCAGUGAACAGAUACUGGUCCUAAAUCCCAGUGUUUUAUUGGGAAUAUCUUCCAGGAGUUCAGGCAAGAGAGUGCCCCUGCCUUCUCACUUAGCUCCCCAGAUUAGUUCUUGCAAUCUAAAUAGUCUUUCAUCAAUGGUCCCUUUUUUUGUUCUUCCCUUUUUGAAAGCUUUUCUGCUCUCCCUUGGCUGUAUUCUUGGGCUCUGCAAUGACCAGAACUUUCUCAAUCUGCUUUCCUUCGAGCUUCCUCAGGGCCCACUCUUCCCAGGCUAACUUUUCAAUCAUAUGUUGUUUCCCUUGUCCCAGAAUAAGUGCUCAACAUCCCAUCAACCCAAUGGAUUAGACUGCAGGAGCUUGUUGCUUUCUUUCUCUAGGCUUGCUUCCCUGUCUAUAAAAUGAUGGGGGGUUGGAUCAGAUGAUCUCUGAAGUUCCUUACUAUUUUAAAACUUAUGAUCUCCUACCUCUGGUCCCCCAGGGGACCCUGAGCAGAUUGGGAGGGGGCCACUAGAGAAACUCUAGACUCCUCUUAGAUACUGAAGAGAAGAGGGGUUCUUUUAUUCCCCCUUCUUUCCUUCCUUCCUCCAACCUCAAAUCCUUUCUAGGUAUCCCAACAACUACCUGGUAACCUGACAGUGGAAAGAGCCCUGGAAUUUUAUGGUUUAUCUUUUUGGAUUUCAUGGUCUUUGAGAUUCCUCCUCCCUCUUCCCACUUGGAUUCUAGUUUCGGCUCAAUGAAAGACUCCCUUUCUGGCUUCUUCACCUUUGGGGGCCUCAAUCACCUCAUUCGUAAGAUGAGGGCAGAGUAGGCAGUUGGCCCAAAUGAGCUUCAAGUUUCCUUCCAGUCCAGAUUAGCAAACUGAGCCAUGGGGAUAAUUUAUUCCCUUGCCAACAAUGAUCUGUUACUUUAUCAAAGAGUUUACACAUCUGCUAUUUGAUUCCAUUUUUCAAAUUGCCUUUGCAGGAGGUGAGGCAGUAAUGGCCACCUCAGUUUUAGAUGAGAAAACUAAAGAAUGAUCCCCAUGUCUGUUCCAAAUAGAACUCCAGGAGCAGCCUUCCUCCUGUCCAUUUACCCCCUCUAAAGCCAAGUCACCCCACCCCUUAGUGCCUUAUAGGCUUGGGGACUAGCUGUCCCCUACCCCUCUUCCCCCUGUGCCCCCUGCAGUGGCUUUAAGUAGUAGCUUCCAAAACAGUCAGAUGGGCAGGAAACACCACUCACAAUAGAACCAGGUCAGUGGCUAUGUCAUUCCCAACUUCACACUUGCCCCUAUGUCUUUUGAAUGCCUUUUAAAACCCGGCUCUGUAAAGAUUUGCUGUAAGGAAUUGGCCAAGUUGAAUUUGGUGAAGGCUUGGGGUAUAUAUGAUUCUGCCUUCAGGUAUCUGUAGGGCUGUCAUGGGCAAAAGGGAUUAUUCUAUUUGGCUCUUGAGGACAAAACUAGGAACAAUGAAUAGGAGUUGCAGAAAGGAAUAUGUUGGCUCAAUAGGGGGAAAUAUUCUAAUAAUUAGAGCCGUCCAAAUGUGGAAUGGGCUUCUUUGGGAGGCAAUGAGAUCCCUGUCAUCUGAGGCCCUUAAGUGUACACUAGAUGACCAAUUGUCAGGAAUGUUGUAGAGGGAAUUCCUUCUCAGGUACGAGUUGGACUAGAAGGUCUCUGAGGUACCUUCUAGCUCUGAGAUUCUGUGAUUCUAAACACUAGUGUCGUUGGAAUGCUGGCAUGUAUGAGUAUGUUUGUGUUUGCAUAUGUGAGGAUCAUCCCUUCCUCCUCUCCCAAUUAAUGACCCUCAGGUAGUAGGGUGGCCCACCCUUCUGGGUCACCCUCAGCUCAGGCUGUAAUCCCUAUAGAUAUGUUAGAGUUUGUGGGGACAAGGAAACCUGGCCCUCUUCUGGUGGGGUCAUUUCUCUGCCCCACUCCCUAUCCCCAAGCCCAUUUACUGAUGUGUUGAGGAAAGUUCCCUGACUGGGGAUUAGAGGAUAGCCUUGAAUCUUGGUCCUUCUUGGUGGCUAGCUCAGAUAAAGUGACACCAGGAAUUCCCUGGAGAUGGAAGAGAAGUGACACAUAGCAGGUGAGUGUCGGGGCAGUCUUCACUCAAGCUCCUUCAGGGAAGCAGGAGUCCUUGAGCCCUGUUAGUCCUAUCUACUCUGACCAUGAUGCUCUCUGGAUAUCUCCUAGAAGCAUAGUCAUUCAUCAAUGCAGAGCAACAAUAAGAAGAAUCACAGUUGGGGUCGGAAACACAAAAACUUGAAUUUUUUGUCCCAGCUGUGUGCUACUUAGCUGGACUUUGGACAAAUUUCUUAACCUUUCUUGGCCUUGGUUUCUCCAAGUACAAAAUUAGAGCAUAUUGAACUAGAUUUCUAAGCUUCCUUCCAGCUCUGACAUCCUAUCAGCAUAUGACCAAGUAACUACUCUUCCUUCAAUGCCCAUUCAUUCAUCCAGCCCCUCUCCUCUUAAGGUGAGCUUCCUUCUCUAUCCUUAGCACUCUUGUGCCAGACAGACCCCUUUGCCCCUCAUUCUGCUCUUCAAGUGGACUCAGCUGGUGAAGGUGGGAUGAAGGGAGAUAAGGCAAAGGGGUGUGGGCUAGGCAUUCUCUUUUCUAACUCUUGCACAUUUUAGAGGUAUAAUAAUUUCUGCUCAAAUGGGCAGGACCCAAACCCUAACCCAAACACCUGAACAUUGUAUGUGGGACUCUAGAGCUCAUGUGAUUGCAAAAAAAAAUCAAAGGAUAUAUUUUUAAAAACACAUUUAAAGCCCCCACCCCUUCACCUUCCUGCUCAUGGAGCAAAGCUUGGCCCCUGCUCCUCUCUGGUCUAGGCAAGGCUUGAGGGGACCUCAUUUGGGGCAUGUUUGCCAGUGUGCCCGUGCUGCAUUGUUACUGGGUUUUGGGGGUGGGGUGGGGUGGGAUUGGGAACUUGUGGUUGUGAUCUGAAUAAUCAUUGUUUAAAUUUUAUGUUGUUUGGUGGGGAGGGAGGAAGUGAGGGUGCUGUCUGUUUUAUUCUUGAUGUUUCCAGUGCAAUAAAGAGCUACUAACUUCUGUGCAUGACAA